UGAUAUUUUAUUCAGUAACGUUAGUGCUACCUGCUACCCGCUACCACAUUGGUUAGAGACGGGCAGUUCGUGUGGACUUUUAAAUAAUAUGUGUAAGGACUUCAUUUUGAUAUAGAGGUUUGCUACCCUGGUUUUAUUUUUUUUUUUAUUGAAAACAAAAUCACCUAUUUCCUACUUUACUAUGUAGCUAGGUGACGUUUUUUCAGGACGCGUCACUAGCUAAACUUCCGAGAAAAACAUUGGAAAAGUUUAUAAACGUGUCGGAGUCAUUAGGCGGUCCGAUUUCAAGAGCAAAGCUGGAGUGUUAGCUAUUCAAAAGACUUCAUGAAGUUGUGAAGCUUGUGAAGAGGCAGGUUUCACCAUGACAGAGCGGACUCCUCUUCUCCACUACCGCCUCUCCACCAGCGUCAAUGAAUCCGAGCCGCGGUCCCCUCCGCUCGGCAUGGCCGUGGUCCAGCACCACGGCAGCCCCCGGCAGAAGGCUGGCCAUCAGCGCCAACCGAAGAAACUCUCCGUCUUCAUCGGUGUCGUGAUACCUACCUUGCUGUCCAUGUUCAGUGUGGUAGUGUUUCUCAGAAUAGGAUUCAUGGUGGGCUAUUCCGGACUGUACCAAGCCAUUGCAAUGCUCCUGGUGGCCUACUUCAUCAUCUGCAUGACCGUGCUGUCAGUCUGUGCCAUCUCCACCAAUGGAGCCCUGGAUGCCGGGGGCGCCUAUUACAUGAUCAGCAGAGCGUUGGGUCCUGAGUUUGGUGGCAGUAUUGGCCUCAUGUUCUUCCUGGCCAACGUGUGUGGCAGCGCUCUCUUUGUGCUGGGUCUGGUUGAAGCCAUUUUGGCCACCUUCGGAGUGCCAGAAGACGGGUCUGCGGUCACUUCUGUCUACCAGGUCCUACCGUCGGGCUACUGGUGGUCUCUGCUUUAUGCCACGGGCAUCUCCCUGCUGUGCCUGCUGGUAUGCCUGGUGGGAGCCAACAUCUACGCCAAAGCCACAUUCCUUAUCUUCCUGGUGGUCAUGUUUGUCCUGGGCACCAUCUUCAUCAGCUUCUUUGCCGUACACCCUCAUACCAUCGUCCUUCCCAGUUCUUCCGCAUUUAACCCAUCAGCCAAUGGAACAGGCCCCGGGUUUCCCACCACAGCCAACUUCACUGGCUUCAAGUUGGAGACGCUGCUCGGGAACCUGUGGGCUAACUACACUGUGGAUUACACAACAGGAACCACGAUGACUUUCGCCAGCGUUUUUGCUGUAAUGUUUAAUGGCUGCACCGGCAUCAUGGCUGGCUCGAACAUGUCAGGUGACCUGAAGAAUCCUAGCUACGCCAUCCCCCGUGGCACCAUCACAGCGGUCAUCUUCACCUUCAUCAUCUACAACCUGCUCAGCGUACUGGUGGCCUGCUCCUGUGACCGCAUCCUGCUUCAGAGGGAUUACAGCUUCCUAAGAGACAUCAACAUCUGGAACCCCUUUGUCACCAUCGGGGUUUAUUCCUCCACUUUCUCCGCUGCCAUGAGCAACCUCAUCGGAGCCUCGCGCAUCCUCUACGCCCUGGCCAGGGACGACUUGUUUGGUAAGGUGCUAUCUCCGGCUAAGAAGACGUCCCACAGUGGUAACCCCUGGGCCUCGGUGCUCCUCUCCUGGUUCCUUGUGCAGCUGGUGCUUUUUUCAGGGAAGCUCAACACCAUCGCCAGUAUUGUGACCAUCUUCUUCCUGUUGGUGUAUGCGGCUGUGGACUUGGCCUGCCUUGCUCUGGAAUGGGCAUCUGCACCUAAUUUCAGGCCCACCUUUCGUUACUUCACCUGGCAUACGUGCGCGUUGGGCAUCGUAGGUUGCGCCGUCAUGAUGUUUCUGAUCAACGCCAUCUACGCCUCGGCCAGCAUCGCCUUCAUGUUGCUGCUGCUUCUGCUGAUUCACUACCUCAGUCCCACCUCCAGCUGGGGCUACAUCAGCCAGGCUCUCAUUUUCCACCAGGUGCGUAAGUACCUGCUGAUGCUGGACGUGAGGAAGGACCAUGUUAAGUUCUGGAGGCCUCAGGUCCUGCUGAUGGUUUCUAACCCUCGCAGCAGUGUGGGCCUCAUCAAAUUCAUCAACGACAUCAAGAAGAGCGGCCUCUACGUGUUGGGACACGUCCAGCUUGGAGAUCUCAACACUCUACCGUCCGACCCUCUGCAGUCCCAGUAUGACUCCUGGUUGUCUCUGGUGGACAAUCUCAACAUCAAAUCUUUUGUCAACUUAACAUUGGCCGAUUCUGUGCGUCAUGGGGUCCAACAUCUACUCUUCAUCUCUGGAUUAGGUGGGAUGCGUCCUAACACCCUCGUCCUUGGUUUCUAUGACGACUGUCUUCCAAAGGACAAGCUGAUUGAUCCGUCGCUCUGUACCAGUCAGCCCAGAGAUCCCUCGGGCUCCUUGGACGAGCUAGAGCAACAGUCCCCUCUCUUCCACUUUGCCUCGCUGCGGGGGUCCAGCGACAGACAGGAUUAUGGUGAAUUCGGGGACGGGAAGGUUCUAGGAUCCCAGGAGUACGUAGCGAUCAUCGCUGACGCCAUGAAGAUGCUGAAGAAUGUGGUGCUUGCCCGAUACUUCAACGACUUUGACCGAGCCCAGGUCCUCUCGCCGCCCUCCUCCUCUCCAGGGAAGGGAGCUGUGUACGUCGACGUCUGGCCGGUCAACCUCCUGCGCCCGGACAGCAGUAGCUACGUCGAUACCUGCUCUCUGUUCCUGCUGCAGCUGGCGUGUAUCCUCAACAUGGUGAGAGCCUGGCGCAAAGCCACGCUCCGUCUCUUCCUGUGCGUGGAGGAAGGAAGGAGCGUGAGAGGCUCCGGGGAGAAGCUGGGCCAGCUGUUGAAAGAGCUGAGGAUUAAAGCUCAGGUCUACUCGGUGCCGUGGGACCAGCAGGUGGCGCUACACUGGCAGCGCCAGGGCGAGUGGGGCAAGAAGCAGUCGUCGCAAUCCGCUGACAGCGCUAAAGAAGAGGAGAAGCAGAGACCAGAUGAAGAAGAGGAGAACGACUACGUCAAUAGCUUCCCGAGCAACGCCACGCGCCUGUCUAAUGACUACCUGUCAGCCGUCAAUAAGCUGAUCCUGGACCCGGCCCGGCCCGCCCCCGCUGUGCGUUUCUUGUACUUACCCCGUCCCCCAGCUGACACCAGCUGCUACACCACCUACUUACACCAGCUGGACCUGCUGACUCAGGACCUGGGCCCCACGCUGCUCAUCCACGGCGUCACGCCUGUCAUCACCACUGACCUUUGAACAGUCCCCUUCCUGACGCAUUCAGGGAAGCGCUCCUUCGGUUUGCUGAGGGCUGCUGAGUUUAGCAGAAGGUUCUCCCUGAAAGUGUGUGGACCACUCCUAGUGCAGCAUUACUGUAGACCUCCGCAGUACCCCGACACUGGCCUCUCCUCCCAACGACAGACUGGGGAAGAGAAAACAGCCCUUGAAAUUUCGACCCAUACGGUGAUGUCACUGCUGACUCAUUGAUACCACCUGCACUGCCUCGCACAAUAUCUGGCACUAUAGCUCUAGAGCCUAUUUUAGAAUAUUGAAAAUGAAUUCCCGGAUAUUAUACUUGGCCACCUGGUGAUCACAAAAAUCCUGACUGGCUACAUAUUUAACCUUUCUUUUUCGUUUUUUUCUGUCGUCAGCUUGUAGUUCUGGUAUUCCCAUCAAGCUUCUGAAGGCACCAUGAUUUUGAACUACUGUAUUAUGUCAACCUUGUUGCAAUGUACACAUAAAACAAUCAGACUGAUUGAAUGUACCCAAGUAAAGCUAAUCACUUUCCAGACAAAUUUACAACCUGCCAAACACAAGCCAGUCAAAAGCAGAAUGAAAUGGUCAGGUCCCCAGGGGAACAUUUAGAUUGCCAUUCCGCCUCUGUCCCUCCAUCACUUAGGCCUACUUCUUCAUCCAUAUCUACGAUAGAGAGAGACGUCUAAUUCCUGAUACGUUCUAACCUGAAUUUGAAGUAUCCUCUGACUCCCCUUGUUCCUUUUCUUGAAAUGUUUUCUUGGUGUGCUGCUGCUCAAAUUCCUUAAAAUGACCAUUCCAUGUGCCUUGAGAUCAAAAAGUGCCUCGCUAGUUAGGGAGCAAAAGUUUGGACUCAUUCCAUCACGGACAGAAAGUUGGACUGUGUUACACCUUGGAGCAAUCAUUUGCAGGAAAUCUGCUUUUCCAUUUUAGGAACUUAGAACAAAGGAAACAGUUAGUACAAUAAUAACGACGGUGCUACUAUAUCAGUUUUAUUCCAAAAGUAAUUUGAUGUGGGACUUUAGGAAGACAUUCCUCUUUUUCCAAAUGCACUUUUGUCUUUCCUCUGCCAAAGUGCAUGUUGCACAUCUCUCCAAAACGCCUUAAACAUGUUUACAGUGCCAAUAACUACUGUGAUUAUCCACAAUAUUAUUUUGAUUGUUUUUAUGUAUUUUAGGUACUCCGCUUUUUGAAUUGUUUUUACUCACUAGUGACCACAUUGCUUCACCCGCCUCAAUGCUGAAGUGCAUUUCCCAAAGUAUUUGUAAUAUUUAAAGUGAACCUAUGUCCCCUUUGCUGAACUGACUCACUAACAUCAACUGCACAGAAAUAUCUAUCACAAUAUAAUAACAACAACGAAACCCCUGAGUGUACUGAAUGGAGAAAGGUACGUAUUGCUCCUUAUAAAUUCAACAAAUAGGAUAUAUUUCUUCUAUCAACAGUUACCUAGUCUCACUUAAAUCAUCUCUGUGUAGCAUUUUGUGGCACAUAGUAUCCCUGACACAUUGAUGCAAUAUAUAUCCUCUAAGAUCAAUGCAGGUUUAUUGUAAAAAAAACAAUCUUGAAUUUUAAAAUCCACAAGUAGAUGCUUUCAGUUGUAGAUGCAUCCUGACAAUCUGUGAUCCAUAUUUGAAGGAUUUACUUGGAUUUAGAACUCGAUAUCCUUGUGUUUGAAAUGAGAUAUAUGUUUACUUGUGGACUAAUGGGAUCCUUCUUAAUUCCAACGAGGGGUCUUGUUUGGACACCACACUCCUCACCAAACCACUCACACUACAUUUCUUCCAAUCUUUGUCCUGGGUUUCACAGGAAUGCAAAAAAAUAAUAAUCAUUUGUUGGAGAGAUGAAAUGUUCAGUGUUUGAUUUCCUGCUGAUAAUAUAUAUAUGUACUUUUCAAGAUGGAAACUGAUUUGACUGAAAAAAAUAAAGGUUUGUAUUAUGUCCUUUU